UGUUGUUAAUUCCACGCCCCGCGACGUGAUACCCUAUGAUCUCGCAGUCAGACCUGAAAAACUGUUCUACAGGAAAAAAAUGUAUCGUCCGCACAGCCGAGUCUGCGAGUAGACGGCGUGGAAUAGCAUUUGAGUGAGGUACAGAAUUCGUGUGUAGGGUGUGAGGACACCGCAGCACCAGCAAAGACUCCGGUUGUGAAUCAUGGACUCUCUGUUCGGUGGAGAGCUGGGAAUUCUGACAGCAGAGGGGCUGACGGAGGAGGGCUGUGGGGUGGGCUGGGCGAGCAGACCCCUCCCAGGGAACAUGUACUCUGCCCCCCACUUCGCCCUCAUCACCGCCUACCAGGACAUCAAGAACCGGCUGUCCGGGCUGGAGAGGGAAAACUGUGGGCUCAAGAGGAGACUCAAGCUCUACGAGAUCAAGUUCCCCAUGAUCAGCGACUUCAGCAAUGAUCGCAACUCCUACUGCUCCUUUGAGACCAAAGAGACUUCAAUGCUGAACAAUAGCCUGCAACAGCAGCUCAACCAGCUUCAGCAUGAGCUCCAGAAUGGCAAGGAGAGGGAGGAGCAUCUGGAGGCUGUAAUCCAGGCCUACGAGAAGAUUCACAUGGAGAGGAGUAACCUGCAGAGAGACCUGGAUCAGAUGACCACACUGGCGGAGAAGCACGUGGAGCACAUUCGGAACCUGGAGCAGAUGCUGCGGCAGAGAGACAGCUCCCUGCAGAACCUCAACUCGCAGCUGCACAGCAAGGAGAUGCAGUACCUGCAGCUGCACACCAGCCCCGUCCACCCACGCAUGCUGGCCUGUCCUGCGAUGGCCCUGCAGAGCUCACGCAGUCUGGACGCGCUGUCCGACCUCGAGCUGCAGCGACUGGAGGCGGAGCUAGAGGAGGCGCGACGGGAGGCGGGGGAGGCGUCUCAGCGGGAGGCGGAGCUCAAGGGGGAGUGUGAGCGGCUGCGGGAGGAGCUGAGACAGCAAGAGGAGGGUCGGGAGCAGGGGGAGACGACUGCCCAGUGUGACCAGUGUGAUGUGGAGUGGAUCAAGAAGGCUGGAGAUGAGCAGGUGAACCUGGCCCUGGCGUACACUGAGCUAACGGAGGAGCUGUCCCGACUACAGAGCCUGAGCUCCAAACAGACCGAAAUACUGAGGAGUCUGUCCCAGGAGCAGAGCCAACCAGUUCAGCGGCACUCCCCAGUCCCUCAGCGGCACUCUCCCGCCCCCCAGAGGCGAUCGCCGGUACCGCAACGACUGUCCCCUGAUGUCCAUCGGAGGUCCCCCCUGCCCGACUCGAACGACGGUCCAGCUUCCUACACCGGCCGCCCAACCAGCCACCACCUGCGAGCGAGCUUCCAGGGGCGCAGGAGCUACUCGGAGGUCAGCGACCCGGCCGCGUACCAGCGGCCUCCCCGCCUGCAACUCGACCCGGUCUCCACCCUGCCCAAACCCCGGCCCUACAGAGAAGGGUAUCAGAAGCAGGGGCAGGGGCUCAGCAGCAGUGUGACCAGCAGCCCCCGCCACACUAGAGAUCCCUUCACCCCUCAGGAGCUCCUCCACCUGCGUUUCGACAAGACUGCCCGCCCCCCCCAGCAGUCCUCCGAGGAUGAUGAGGAAUGGGCUGCCGCCACCCCCCCCGGCUCGCUGGGUGCUGGGUCCAUCAGAGGAGAGGCGUCCUGCUCUGCCUUCCCCAUCCCCAAAACCUUCCCCCCUCCCUCCUCCGCACUCCGCUGCCCACCCCUGGGGUACCAACACACGGAGCAUGCCCAGUCCUGGCCCUCCAUCAACCUCUGGAUGGAGACUGAAGACUGUGACAUCAGGAGCUGCCCGCUGUGUCAGCUGAGCUUCCCUAUCGGUUACCCCGACGACGCCCUGAUCAAACACAUCGACACGCACCUGGAGAACAGCAAGAUCUGACAGCCACAGCGCCCCCUUUGGGAAACCUCCGGGAACUGAAUGCAGGAUUUCCAAGGAUAAAACAAAGAAAUUAAACGACAAAAACAUAGUUCUUUUUGUAUCUCCCUUGGAUUUUUGAUGGGUUAAGACUGACUGAUCCCAAAUAAAGGAAAGGGAAAAAAAGAAAGAUGGAAAGAAGAAUGAAAGAGGGUUAUAAUUGCAUGUUACUGAAUUUAAUAAGACGAUACCGAAGUCUUUUUUUUUAACUUUGAAAAAACAUUGAAAAACAAGUCAUGAAGAAAUCAAGAAUUUUCUCUCCAUCAGGUAUCUGGUAUUUUUCUUAAAGUUGAUUUCUAAUGUGACAGACUUUUUUUUUUUUUUUUAACAGCUGAAUUGGAUCAAUAUUCAUCAUUAACCCAAAAGCAAAAAGAAACUGACUAGGUAAGACUGAAAUUCACUCAGUUUCAUGACUAAAUGGAAUAUGCAGAAAUAUCCAAAAUCCUCCACCAGACUGUAAGGGAUACGUUUUCCCUUUCAUGUACAUUGUUUUAUAUAAUAAUGCUGCUAAAGUGUCCCAAAUGCCAUAUUGGGUACAAACUAUGAACAAAAGCAAAAAAAAUUUGGCAUUUUGAAUUAUUUAAAAAGAAGUCAUCUUACACUUAAACUGCUGGAAAGAGUACAGUAGUACUUUUAUGAAUGUAGAAUCACUUUCUAUCUUCAAUCACUGAACUAUAUUUACACUGUAUAGAAUAGAUUCAUAUCCUGGACUGCAGAAACCCAUUGAUUUAUUCCUAACUCAGAACCAAGGUCUUCUAUGCAGAAAUCACAGAACAGUGUCUACAAAUCUUUUCAAUCGGAGUUCUGGGGUUUGUCUUCAUCUACAAACUGUUAACUUCCCUUCUCAAUACUUAUCUACACUAUUCCCUUCCCUUAUUAAUGAAUACAAAGCAUAAGUAGCUUGUAAAGGUGUUUGGCAUAUUUUUUAUUUUCAUUAUCUCAUGUCUAAUAUAUUUUACCAUAUUGCACCAAAAAGGACCCCCGCACCUUUUAUAAAAGUCUACCACAGCAUAGUAUUUUUGUAGUUUUUUUUACCAUGGCUAUACUAUGCAUUUACUCUAGUUAACCCUGGUUUGCCAUGUUUAUUAUACCAACCUGGUUUUUACAAUGCUUGACUAUGCUUUACCAUGCUUUUAAUCACUAUUUGACUUUGUUAUGCUGUUACUAUGGGAAUUGUAGAACACAGACUGCAGAUCUGUUUAUAAGAUGUUCAAGACUACAGCACAUGAAAAGUUGCUGGAUAUUCUUUUCAAUAAUAAAAAUACCUACCAAAUGCUUAAAUGUUAAAUAAAAUUCACUUUUUUUGUUCUUAUUUUAAGUAAGCACCCAUAGAAAAGUCUAGGAUUCUGUACAUAAAAGAUUAACAUCCUGCACAAUUUAUCGUCUUCAUUUUUAGGACUGUUUUGAUGUCAUUUAGCAAACCACAAAAAAAAUAAAAAAUAAAACUGGUGCUUUUGAAUUGAACUGGUUAGGGACAAUGACAAUGGAGUCAAGAGAGCGUGACAGUCCACCUUAGUCCUUGACCUGUACACCCGUGCUAAAUUCUCUGAGCUAUUUCUUCCAAAUCGUCAUUAUCUUAUUAUUUAUUUAUUAGAAUGGAGAGACACACACAAUGAAGUUCUAAACUAGAUCUAAACAAUUUUUAAAUUUAUCUUUCAAUCUAGCCCUCCUCCACCGCACCCCCAUAUAGCAGUGUAGAGUAGUGAUUAGGGCUCUGGACUCUUGACCGGAGGGUUGUGGGUUCAAUCCCCGGUGGGGACACUGCUGCUGUACCCUUGAGCAAGGUACUUUACCUAGAUUGCUCCAGUAAAAAACCCAACUGUAUAAAUGGGGAAUUGUAUGUAAAAAUAAUGUGAUAUUGUAAGUCACCCUGGAUAAGGACGUCUGCUAAAAAAUAAAUAAUAAUAAUAAUAAUAAUAAUAAUAUAAUCCAGAUUAAAGGUUUGAAAAAAAAACUUUAUUAUUUUCUUUUCUUCCAAGAGCUACAAAACAAAAUAUUAUUUUGUCAUAACACUGGAACUUAAAAAGAUUGCUAAAAUAAUAAACAAAAAUAUAAACCAUUUUUUUUCUCUAAUUCGCACUAAGAACAUGAGCGGAGAGAUGUAUAUUUGUCAUACUGUAGUGUAAUGUGAAUAAACAGUUGUGGUUUUUUUUCAAUCCGCCUUGACGUCUCCCGUCUUCAUCUUGAGUUUUCGUGGUAACUAAAUUAACACUUCUUUUUCAGAGAGGAGAACAAUACACCCAAUAAAGUUAUUAAACCAGAAAUAAAAAACUAAAAAAACUAAGACUUUUAAUUCAGGGGCUUGAAUGAAGUAUGUUUCUUCUUGUGUUUAGAUGUUUUAAUUGGCUUCCCCCCUCCCCCCCACCCAUCAGAAAAAAAUUGCGCUAAAGACAGUAAAUAGCUCUGAGAAUCUAGCCAUCUGUGUUCACUUACCUAAACAACAAAGUGUUGUUUAUAAUAAAGUUUUGAAGGAGAGGCUGUUGAUUUUACAUUGUACAAAAAACACAGUUGCUGCUUUACCAGCUGUUUUUAAUUACCUACUGCUUUAACUCAACUUAAUGCAUUUGUAGUAAUUAGUUAGAACUACUGAAUCUCGCAUAAACACAUGAGAUCACACUCAAAGCCCUAGUUCAAGUGAACAUUUAAAACUAAGUUUUAUUUUGAUUCGCCCACGCUGGUCUUCUGAACUUCAGAGUCAAGCAACAUUUGCAGUGUGCCACUUCUCUCUAUUAUCUGGAAAGCAGAGGAGUAUGGCUCUGGCCAUAAGUGUUGCAUCACCCUAUAGAAUGAACAAAUUUUGCUUCAUAAAGUCGAAUGCAACCUGCUGAAUUAAUGUUACGUUAACAUAUUGAAUUCAUUCCCGCUUUGUAGUUUUCCUGUAUACUUCAAGAUAAAAAAAAACUGACAAAAAUAGAAAAAUGUGACAUUUCAAAAUCUAACAUGAAAUACUAGCUGUACUACUAUUAUGGCUUCCGGUAGACUUUUUGCAAUAUCAUUUUGUAGUUUCUUUGAUUACAUGAUGUUAAGUAAAAGAUCUAAAUUAUGUUGAUAUAUAUUUUAUUUAUUUGUUUAUUUAAUUAAUGUCUCAAUCCCAAAAAUUUUAGGUGAUACAAAAUGUUUUGGCCAUAGCUGUUUAUUUAAAAAAAAAAAAUAAAAGGUUGGUUUCACAGAUCCUGAUAAGCACUGCCUAAUGCUACCUCAGGAACUGUAAAGUAACCUGAUUUAGUGCUAAUCUGGCUCUGUGAAACCAGCUUCAAGAGGUUUCAAAGAAUUUAAACCAACAGUUAGUUACUGUUUUUAUAGUGUGAAAACACCCAGAGGUCUGUUAUUGAUCCAAAGUAGGGCUCUCUAACUCAGUGGUUCCCAAGCCUGGUGCUUUUAAUUCACUUCGUUAGACCUUUGAGCUCUUAAACAGCUUUUACUUCUAAAAUGUUACAGCUAACUUGAAAUAUGCAAACUGUUUAAGAGCUGAAAACAAUUAAAAAGGUCUAACUAAGCCCUAAUCCACUGGCCUAACUGAUUGCUAACACCAAGGGCAAUUGAUAUUCUUUGGGAGAAGAAACUACAGUCCAAUAGCAACUGUACUGAUGUGUUUUAAGGACUACAAACAUACUGAAGCUCUGUGCAGUCUAGUAAACUUUAUCUAUUUUCUACUGGUU